UAUGACUUUUAAACGGCCCUGGUGCGGCUCUAAAAACAUGUUCACGGGUCAACCACGAUGGAUAUUAGCGUUAGCUCUUAAAUGUAAACGUUAGUUUUAGUAAAAUGGGCGAGGAGGCCUUUACUGUUACAACAAAUCUGGCAGCUUAAGAAGAGGUGCGCAGGAUGGGGGAGCGAGCUGUCAGCGGCCCUGUGGCUGCAAUCUCACCAGUGCAGCAGAUGUUGGCGUCUGGCACCGGAGCUCUCCUCACAUCUGUUUUUGUCACACCACUAGAUGUUGUGAAGAUCAGGCUUCAGGCUCAGCAAACACCAUUUCACCAAGCUUUAGCCUGUGAAGCAGCUCCAUGGGGUGGCGUCCUCCGCCAGUCCAAGUGGAAGUGUUUCCUGUAUUGUAACGGGUUGAUGGACCACAUCUAUGUGUGUCAGAACGGAACUAGUUGCACAAGCUGGUACAAAACUCCAACACAUUUCAGUGGGACACUUGACGCGUUUGUGAAAAUCACUCGACAUGAAGGACUCCGGUCUUUGUGGAGCGGGCUUCCACCAACACUCGUCAUGGCUGUACCUGCCACCGUCAUCUACUUCACCUGCUAUGACCAGCUGAGGGACUUCCUGCGAUACGGUCUGGGUUUCCAAGGGAAUCACAUCCCUCUGGUUGCUGGAGGUCUGGCCAGAUUGGGGGCUGUGACAGUGAUCAGUCCUCUGGAGUUGGUCAGGACAAAGAUGCAGUCCCGUCGGCUGCCCUACAGCGAACUGCGGGCAUGUAUCCGCUCGGCUAUAGCUCAGGACGGCCUGCUGUCUCUGUGGAGGGGCUGGGGGCCCACCGUGCUCAGAGACGUCCCCUUCUCUGCACUGUACUGGUUUAACUAUGAGCUGGUGAAAGCCCACCUGUGUGAAAAGUCCAGAGUGACUCAGGCCAACUUCUCCAUCAGCUUCACGGCAGGAGCAAUUUCCGGAGCUAUCGCUGCGAUCCUGACGCUGCCGUUUGACGUGGUGAAGACGCGGAGGCAGAUUCAGCUGGGAGAAAUGGAUACUUUGGGAGUGUCCUUGAAGAGAACCACGUCCACAUGGCACAUCAUGAAGGAAAUAUGGGCUGAGCUGGGCUACAAGGGCCUUUUUGCAGGUUUCAUGCCCAGGGUGAUCAAAGUGGCCCCAGCCUGCGCUGUCAUGAUCAGCACUUACGAGUUUGGGAAAGCUUUCUUCCAAAAGAUGAACCUCGAUCGAGACAGAGCGCCAUCCUCAAGGCUGGCUGUGCGUGAGGACGUCCACGGCAGCACAUAAGAACAUUUUCAUCAGCACAGUUUGGAUGAAGACUCUUCAGAGUAAAGAGGAAGAGACUAGCCUGGAUGUGGGUUUGUUUGAACCCAAUAAAGGAGGAUUUGUUUGUAUUUCAAGGACGCUGCUGCGCACUCUGUCAAAACUUUCACUCAGACUGUAAUUAACUGUCCUUGAACUUUUUCAUGAGCUUGAACAAGAAGACCUGAUAACGGGCAAUACUCAAAGAUUACAGACUUUUUGUGUUGAUGUGAAAGGUGGAAACUUUAACCAAGUGACGCACAAACAUUACUAGACGCUGACCCACUGAGCAGAUCAGUGGCGUGGGAGUUUUACUUCAUAGAUGCAUGAGUCUCAGGAAAACAGUUCUCAUUCCUUCACUUUGCAUUGAUUGAGACCAACUGCAUGGUGUGAGAAGCUCCAAACAUACUGCUACUAAAGCAUGACAUUUCAAGCAUUUGCUGGUCAGUAUAUGACAGAUAAAUUUGUGUAUGCUGGAUUGAUUUGAUCACAGGAGCACUUAAGAAUUGCAAGACAAUGUGAAAUGAAAUCAUACAAAUGAAAAGUUUUAUUGUUUGAUGAAUGUAGGUCUCUCUUCUUUUUCAUACCUAAAGAAAGCCAUGGGAUUCAAAACAUAAGACUUAAAGGAGAAUCCAGCAAAGCAUCUUGGAAGAUAUGUUAUGGAUAACAUAUAUGUAUGUAUGGUUUUAGUUUUGAGAGGUUACAAAUAUGGCAAGAAUUCAUGAACAUUUCAGCUUCUUUCACUUGAAUUGUUACCACUACAAAAUAUCAGUGAUGGAUAAAGAAAACAGCUGAUUGAAUUUGUUUACUGCUAUAAAUAUUACAACAACAAAGCUCUGUUGGAACACUGGAUCAUAAAUCAUAAAGUUUUGUUGCCUUAUAUCAUAAAUGUAAAUGUGUGUUGUUUAUUUUUUAAUGAAUGAAAUCAUUAAAUGUGUAAGAAAAUGUUAAA